AACCUGUUCAAGAAAUAAAAGGUUCAGAUUUAGUAUUUUUAGCGACCUUGAGAAAUGGCAUACGAACGAUUAAAGGUGGUCCUAACAAUUAUACCCAGUCACGUACUAUAUCAUACGUUGACCUCAUGAACUUGCGUUAUUCUCAAGAAAAGACUUUAGAUCUUAUAGAAAAUGUAAGUUAA